AUGCAGGUUCAAGGCAAUUUGCGACCGCAUGCGCAUCGGCAAGACUCGUUCCACCAGGCCAAUGCUCAAAGACCUCUGCAGUCUACAGUGAGUGCUGUGCAUCUGUCCAAAAGGGUCAGCAUUGGUGCAGACAGUGAGGAUGCUGAUGGCAUGGUCAAUGCCUUCGCUGAGGAGGGAAAGGCUGAGAAGGCCCAGAAAACUGCUGCUCUUUCGAAGAGCGAGACCGAAAAGCAGGAGUUUGUGACGCCCUCCAGGGAAUACAGCAUCCAGCUGGACAACCAUCUCAAUGUGCAGUACAGUGGUCGCUUCACCAUUGGCGAGCAGGAGCUCCCGGUAAUCUACGACACUGGCUCCUUUGAGGUGCUGGUUCUGUCAACAAAAUGCAACACAUGCGUAAAGACGCUCUCAAUGUAUGACUACAAGAAGUCGAGAUCUUUCCGAGACAGCCCCACUCACGUAGUUGCUGAGCAUGAGUUUGUGAGUGGCGACGUUGUGACAGCAGAGGGAUUUGAAACUCUUCGCUUGGGGAAGCGAGACUCCCCCGUUUCAACUUCUGACAUGACAUUUUGGAUGGUGCAGAGCCACGAACUGAAAUUCUGGAAGACUGGCCAUGCAAUUUUCUCCGGAAUUGUCGGCUUGUCCCAUGUGAAGAAAAUCCCCGACGGCUUCAGCGGCGAUUCCAGCCAAGACAGGUCACUCCUGGAGGAGAUGCACCUGGAUGCAUUUGCUCUCUGCUACCAGCGAGGUGGCAUCGCAAGUCCUGGUUGGCUGCAGUUUGGACCAUCCAUCAGCGCCAUGGCCCAUGACAAAGGGUUUCAGUCCGUGGAUGUGUCUGGAGACAGCCACUGGGCGACCAAGCUUUCACAGUUCAAGGUGGACCUGGAUGGCAUUGACACGACCAGUCUGUGCAAGCCAUCCUGUGGUGCCCUUAUAGACUCUGGUACGUCGCUGUUGACUUUCCCACGCUCCGCGAGCCACAUCACCGAUGCCCUGAAACAGAAAGUAAAAAGGGAUUGCAGCAACUUGGAUGAGCUGCCGACAUUGUACUUUGAAUUGGAUGGGGCAGAGGUUGUGCUGCCGCCGCGAGCAUACAUUUUCAAGGUUACUGGCACCGAUGGUCUUCCCUAUUGCAGAGGGGCAUUCAUGAAAGUGGACAAGGAGUCCCAAUUUGGGGAAGUCUUUAUCUUGGGGAUGCCGUUCCUGCGGUAUUACUUCACAGUCUUUGAUCGCCAGAACAAACAAGUGCACAUUGCUAGGUCCACGGAAGACUGCAAGGUAGCACCUCACAUGUCCUUGCUAGCAACAAACGCGACCGCCUCGGGGCGUUCUGGACGGCAUGGAUUUGCGUCCGCUGACUUCUUGGAGGCGACUCCGGCGGAUCUCGAUGACGUAGUUUCACCACCCUGGCUGAAUGCUGCAGGAGAAUUUAUACGCUUGUGA